UUCACACCAACAUGAAGUUUCUCGUCUUACUUACCCUCCUUUGGAGCUCUGUAGAAGGGGAAAUUCCAGUUAAAACUAAUGCAAAGGAAACUGCAAGGAUUGGCAGCGAUGUGACUCUUCGGUGCCAGCUGAUGACCCACGAAUCAAACAUCAUCCAAAUCACAUGGCAUAAAGAAUCUGGCAAUCUUACCGGGAACGUGGCUAGCACCAGUAAGGUUUAUGGACAGAAACUUCUUGGUUUUUACUCUAAUCGGGCAAAACACUCUACAAACAAGACUCUUAACGUCUCAGCAAUAACUAUCAGCCCCGUGAUCCCGGAGGAUGAGGGAUGCUUUAAAUGUAUCUUCAAUCUUUUUCCAUAUGGAGCUUCCACUGGAACCAUCUGCCUUGAUGUGUUCGAGCCAAAGAUAUUGGAACCCAGCUUGGAAGUUCAUGAGAUCAGCCAGCCUGACAAGCAGUAUAUUGUCACUUGUUCUGGCGGUGGAAUACCGGCUCCCGAUAUCACAUGGAUACUCCCCGAGAAUCUUGAUGUAGUCCCGGAAACUUUCACUGUAGUCAACCUGGAUAAAACUGAGAUAGUUAUAAGCAACUUUACUCUCUCCAGUAGCUGGAACAUGAGGGUCUCUGUGAUCUGCGUGGUGCGUCACCCCAGCCUCGGCUCGGAGAAACUUCUAUCAACAGAUAUAGAUUUGUCAAGAAAUCAAGAUUUGGGCUUCCAUUUUUCCCCUAUUGUUGUUAUUUUAGUUGGCAUUGUAAUUGUGCUUGGAGUACUCUACAUAAUUCAUCUGGUUCUGCGGAAGAACUAGAAUUAUUACAAGCCACCAUAUACGAAUAGCUAAGAUAGCACAAUGCUGGACAUCUAAUGAAGAAACCAUCUCAAGACCAAUAGCGUAACUUCCAGUCUUC